AUGACGCGGCUUUACGCAACGCUUGGCCGAAAGUUUAGCCGAAGAGAUGUGGAAGAAGCAAGUAUGGCCAGCGAGUAUGACCAGUAUGGUUCAAACAAGAUUCGUAGCCGAAAUGUGGGAAAGAAACUGAUAUCCAUGACUCUGAAAAAGAAGACCAAAAUGACAGGAAUGGAAUCCAAUGCAUCUGAUCGAUCGGACGCCUCGAACUAUUCGAAUGCUCUACUUGAAAAUAAGCCGAUGAGCAGUCUCGACAAAUUACAUUACAUCAUCGGGCUGGGGAUCUUACGAGAGGAGUUACGGGACGAAAUCUAUUGCCAGCUAUGCAAGCAGUUAUCAACUAAUCCGUCGAAAUUGAGUCAAGCUCGAGGAUGGAUUUUAAUGAGCUUGUGUGUUGGAUGUUUCGCUCCUAGUGAACGAUUCAUUAAAUACCUCUUCUGCUUCAUUCGUGAACAAGGGCCCGGAAAUUCCGGCUAUGCAGCCUACAUCGAGCAGCGGUUACGGAGGACCCAAAAGAACGGAACUAGACACCAGCCGCCUAGCUAUGUCGAGCUACAAGCAAAUAAAGCCAAGAAGGACAUCGUCUUAGCCAUUACCUUUAUGGACGGAAGCGUUAAAAGCGUACAUGCCGACUCAGCCACAACAGCGUCUGAACUCUGCAAGAUUCUAGCCGAGAAAGUCCAACUGAAGGAUCGAUUUGGCUUCAGCUUGUACAUAGCCCUCUUUGACAAGGUUUCUUCGUUGGGCUCCGGUUGUGAUCACGUUCUGGAUGCGGUCUCGCAAUGUGAACAAUACGCAAAAGAACAAGGAAAUCAGGAACGAAAUGCCCCUUGGAGACUAUUCUUCCGAAAGGAGAUCUUCUCACCUUGGUAUAAUCCGAAAGAAGACUCGGUUGGCACCAACCUUAUUUACCAGCAAAUUGUCCGUGGGGUCAAGUUUGGUGAAUAUCGAUGUGAAAAGGACGAAGACUAUGCCCUGGUCGCCGCUCAAAAUUACAUCGUUGAUGAGGGUGCAAUGGAUGUCGACAAGCUCAGGAAAGCUCUCAAUGGCUAUCUCCCAGAUUUCGUAUUGAAUUCACAAGAGAAGAAUGAGCAGUACUGGAUUCAGUUGAUUAUGAAUGUCCAUCGAAAGAAAUUCAACAUCACUCCACAACCCUCUAUUUCUCAAGUCAAAGAGGAUGUUGUCGCGGGGAAACGCACCGGUGCCGAUAAUUUCACUAUCCGUGCUGUGUCUGGGGAUGACUUCACCUUCCAAUCACCAAACGCUGAAGAUAUCGCAGAACUUGUGGAUUAUUUCUUGGUUGGACUCAAGGAGCGAAGCAAAUUUUUGAUAGCUACACAAUCACAACGGGAAAACGAACAAAGCAGUUUGCUUGGAUUUGAGCAAGGAGAUUUGUUGCUGUUGUGUAAUGGGGCUACAGGAGCAAUUUUGAAGCAACAGCAGGUGGUAAUGGCUGAAAAUGCUCGGACUGGGCAGCAAGGUACUGUUGGAGCGGAUCAAGUCUAUGUCCUGCCCACGCUGGUCAAACCCCCAAAUGCGGUGAUGGAUAUGUUCCCGAAAAAUAUUGACUACUCGAUGAUGCAGCCGUCCAUGGGCAAGCAAAUUGCAGUCAUUCAUAGCUCUGGAGAUCUGCCACAUACCCUUGAGAAUUUCGCCGUUGAUAAUUUCAAAUCUGUUACACCAAAACUGGAAGGAAGAAAAGAGCCAGCCAUCGAAGCAAUCAACUCCUAUAUCGCUAUCAUGAAAUAUAUGGGCGAUUAUCAAACGCAUCGGAGUCGAUUGGGGACCGAUAUUACCGACCAGGUCUUCAAAGCUCCUUUGAAAUAUGAAAUCUUGAGGGAUGAGUGUUACUGUCAAUUAAUGAAACAAUUGACCCAUAACCCAUCUCUUUUGAGCGAAGAACGUGGAUGGGAAUUGUUCUGGCUGGGCCACAGCCUCUACAAAGAGGUGAUCCAGUUCCUCAAAUCACGGGUCAACUCGAUUUCGAACGAAUGCUACCAUCGGGUUCAUAAAAUGCUAAAAGCCGGCGCUCGUAAAUUUGCGCCUUAUUCGGUGGAAGUUGAGGCAAUCCAAAACAAAACUGUGCAAAUUCUGCAUAAGGUCUACUUCCCGGAUCAUACAAAUGAGGGAAUCGAGCUGGACUCUUCCACGAAAGCCAAAGAAUUCUGCCAGAGGAUCGGGAAACAUUUGAAAUUGAGAAGUGUUGAGGGAUUCUCGUUGUUCUUGCGAACAGAUGAAAAGAUUUUGUCCGUGCCUGAAAAUGAAUUCUUCUUCGACUUUAUCCGACAACUCUCCGAUUGGGCCCAAGAAAAUUUUGCGACGAAGGAUCGACCAUAUGUACCGUUGAAUUACCAAGUCUACUUUUAUGCGAAAAUUAUGGUUGAAUGUGGAGAUCGGACAAGAUCGAAUGGCAGAUCUUAUCUUCCACUACCACCAGAAAUUGUUCCUCAAGAUUUAGUAAAGGCCUAUAGUGGUAACGACUGGAAGAAGAACAUCAAACAAGCCUAUUCAAGCGGCAUCGAGCAGAUAUUCGGAAAUUGGCCGACAUUUGGGUCGACAUUCUUUGUCGUGAAGCAGACGGCUGAUCAGACAUUGCCCGCACAGCUUUUGGUUUCUAUUAAUCGGCAGGGAGUGUCGCUGUUCCACCCGGAAACAAAGAAUCAAAUUGCCAAUUAUCCAUUUACACAAAUUGGAAACUGGACAAUUGGAAAUACCUAUAUCAAUAUAACGACCGAAUAUGGCUACAAAAUGGAUGACCUCCUCAAAUCCUACAUCUCCGUCCUCAUCACAGCCCAAACCAAAAACCCCAAAUUGGCGUCAAAUGGGAAUGCAAUUAUG